AUGCACCAGUCGUCGGACAGCCGCUCAAUGCCACCGCCAGUGCCUCAGCCGACCAAUUGGUCGCCACCGUCGGGUUAUGGAGACAAUCGGGUGAUCAAUAUCGCCGACUGUUACCCGCAAUCGCGAGAACCACGCAAUGCUAACCAAAUGAUGGCACCCAUGCAGCCACCCAUCACUCAAUCACAGGCUAUGGCGCCACCGAUGCGACCGCACCACCACUCCAUACCACACACUCAUCCCUCAUACGCUCAACCAAUGGCCCACACGAUCACCACAACCGCCAACUGUGAGCUCCAGACCACGUCCAACAUCUUAAGCGACAUUAUGUUGAGCUCAGCGCAAGACGCCGGCGCUAUCGUUAACAUUAACCUCAAUCACAGAGACGCGGAUAAAAUCGAUAACAUACCGGUGCACACGCAGGGCUAUCCCAUGUCCACGACAUCGUCCACCAUCACAAUGAACUCGAGCCUAAUGUCGAUGCAGUCGUCGCCGUCGCUGAGGCCUAUAGCGCCCCACCAGCACCCGAUCCCCGUGACUGAGUUGCAAGUGGCCGACGCCUCCAGUUGGCCGAUACUGACCCAAACGAAUCACCCGAUUUACGCCACCCACAGGACCCCACAGCCGCCUCCCAGGCCCACCCGUUUGCCAUCCAUGUCGUCGAUCAUGCCGUACGGCGCCAACAGUCAAUUCAUGCGCGCCGCCGGCCGCCCUCCCACCACACCCACAACCAUACCAUCGAUACAGACGCUGAUGCGGACGCCGUCUAUGACCCAAAUGUCUCCAAUGUCUUCGCAUUCCAUUCCUCAGCAGAUGUCCGCAACACAGACACAGAUAACUCAGAGCCGUUCCCAGCAAUACAUUCCCCAAAUGAACUUAUAUCCGGAUCAGAUUCACCGCAACUCGCAAAUGAUACCAAACCGUAUGCCGCCGUCGACUCAGAACUUCAUGCGAUCGCAAAUGCAGUCCAUGAGACCGGACGCCAACACGUAUACCUCACUGACGAGCCCCGACAUGCGACAGCGACUGGUCAUACCGGCGAAUAUGUCGCCCAUGGGUGCCAAUACGGGGCCCAUGCAGUAUCAGCACACACCAUACCCGUCGCAGAGACGCUCAAUGCCGCCCUCCAGUUCCCAGUUAUCUCACCAGUCGAUGCCUCAAAUGUCGGGUCGUUUCCAACAACGCAUUAACAGUCCCUACGACAGACCUCACAUGCAAUACACUACCGGCGCCGUGUCGCCCAUGAGAUCCGAGUUUGGCCAACCGUUGCAGCAGCAGAUGUCGCACCAGAAUAUGAUACGAGGAACGCCCCGACACCCGCGCAUGCAAUACCCGUACCCAUCGGACGGCCCCACGCCCGUCACGUACGGACAGCCAUUAGCAGCGCCGGUGCCCAUCACCACAGCCCCCACCGCUCAUAUCAAUCACAUGAAUGUCCAACAAAUGGCGCCCAAUGUCCAGCAGAUGAGAGCGCCGUAUAUGCCGUCACCGCCACUGGAGUUACACCAGAAACGGAUCACCGUUGAGCCCAAACAGUCGACCGGCAUUCGAGAUAAGAUUAAACAGUCGUCAGCAUACCAGCAACACAUGAACAGUAGUCAGCCUCCACUGACAGACAGUUCCCUUAUGAACACCCGUCCCGAUGCACACAACUUUAAUAUGGCGUUUAGGGGCUAUAAUCCACAGAUUAUGCCGACCAGUGAUAACAGGGAACAACUGGUGGAGCAGUAUUUAAGCGGCGGUACGGCAAAGACACCGUCGCCGCCGCACCGGACGAUCUUCGGCUCCCAGAAGUCUAACGAAUUUAAUGUAUCGAAAGGGACGGCCAAUCGGAACCCUGGCGUCGGCGACAGUAAUAAGACUGAGAUUCUGCAGCGACUCCUGUCCUCUAAUGAUGACGACUCGCCGGACACCCCGACCCCCAACUCAGCCAAUGCUUACAAUACGGCGCUUAUGGCCACUAAUAUGACUGCGUUCGCGAGUGAUGUGCCGCCACUGGUGAGGCCUAACUCUCAAUCCCCGUCCGGCAAGAAAGACAUACUGACCGAAGCCAUGGGAGAGAUCAUCGAGACGUCAAUAGUGGAUGAGAUGAAUGAUGUGAUUGUCGACGAUUCCAGCGAUGGCGCGAAUGUGAGCCCUUUGAGUGGUGGACCAGAUGAGAGCCAACCGGCCGACAAUUCGGUGAUCUAUGUGGAGGGCGUGUCCGAGAAUAUGACAAAAGAAGACUGGAUUCAGUUGUUUAAAAGCAGUGGUUAUCAGAUGCAAGAAAGCGAUUCCCAAGAGUCGCAAACCAUCGAUGGAUGUGGCGAUAGUCGCGCCGAAGAGUCGCCGCAAUCGGACAGCGAGUUAGUGACCAUUCAAAUCGACGACAAGACAUUGGCGGAGAUGACGAGCGACGCUGAGAUGGUCCAGAUUGUGGUGAACGUGUCGGGCGAUGGCAAUGAUCUACAAAUGGUUGUCUGCGAUGAUGAUGACAGCCCUCUAGUCAGUGACCAAAACGGUGGCAAU